AUGAUAUCUGAUAUUACUACUAAAAAACCAUAGUUUGGAGAAAUAUUCAUUACUAAUGAUGAAGUAGGAGGAUCAAUUGAAUAAUUAAAGCAUUUUAGAGGCAAGCUUGUCACAAAUAUUAGCGGCGGAUUUAAAAAACUUUUUGUAAUUGAAGAAGGUCACUUCAAUGAGGGAUUAGUUAGCACUUUACAUGCUCCGGAAUAUGAUGACUAUGAUUAUACAUUUACUGAUGAAGCAAGAAGUGUUAAAAAUUUAGAAGAUAUAUUUUAAGGCUUCAAUGACAAAGGUUAAAUUAAAAAAAUGGUAUGUGGCAAAAAGCACACUGUGUUCAUUACAGAGGAUGGUAAAAUAUACACAUAUGGAAUUGGGGAGUAUGGAUCUUUAGGACAUGGCGGUAUUUUGCAGCUUGAUAUUCCUAAAAAUAUCUUAAAAUUAUAAGAGAAGAAGAUCAUUUAAGUAGCAUGUGGUGAAUUCCAUACACUAGCACUAACUGAAACAUUUGAUCUUUAUUCUUGGGGCAGAGGAUUUGAGGGAUAAUUAGGAACUGGAAAAGAUUCUUCUUCAGUUCCAUGCUAUGUUAAAUUCUUUUAUGAGAAAUACGAUAUGAAAAAUGGUGCUGAUAUUAAAAAGAGAAUCAAAUUCAUUACAUGUGGUGCUUAUCACUCACUUGCUAUUACAGAUUCUGGAUAACUUUAUUCAUGGGGAGAAGCUCGUUUAGGAUAAACAGGAACAGGCAAAAAGAAAAGUGAACCAUAUCCUGUUAUAGUUAAUCUUAAUGCUCAGCCAAAUUCAAUGUUUGAUAAGAGAGUCAACACUGAAUAAAACUAAAUGAGUGGUGUCAAUAAAAUUGAGCUCUAGCACAAUCAUGAUGAACUUAAAAUAAAUCCUAUCCCUUCUGGUAACUAAAACAAUUAAAAGAUCAUUUGUGUUAGUGGUGGUUAUGGUCACACUGUUGCUAUUACCGAAGAGGGUGAGCUAUAUUCAUGGGGUUUCAAUACAAAAGGAUAACUUGGAAUGGAAGGAACAAAAUCUCUUUAUUACCCAUAAAGAGUAAAAAAAGAUAUUUUAGGAAAUGAAUUGCCUCUUUUCGCCUCAGCCUAUUGUGGUUAUAACAAUACAUUUGCAAUUGAUGUUUCAGGAAAUUUAUGGUCUUGGGGAGGAGGAAAUUUAGGACAAAAAAAUGACCACUUUUAAGACUUGCCAAGAAAGAUAACAGAAAAUGUGUAAAACAGAAAAUUCACUGAAAUGUGCAUCACAAGCAAUUCAGGAGUGUUUUUUGCUCCUAUGAGAAUAAUGUCAGUAAGACCCAAUUACAGUCCUUCAUGUGGUGGCACUUUAAUUUCUUUGCUAGGUACUGGAUUUGCUGAGACUGCUAAGCAGUCAAUUAGAUUUAAGUUUGGAAAAUAUUAGCUCGAAGUUGGACUUUAAUAUGAUGGUUCAACUGAGAGUUUUUAUUGCUAAACCCCUAAAUUCGAUGAUGCAAGCGAAGACCACAUUGAAUGGCCUUUGCUUUGUACAUUAGAAAUAACUCUUGAUGGCGUUAUUUACACUUAAUGUGAAGAAAGCUUUUUAAUUUAUUCUUCAAAAAUCUAAAUGACUUCUAUUGAACCUAAAUGCGCCAGUGUAGAGGGUGGAACAGAAUUGACUCUUCAUAUUUAAAUAGAUGAUUUAACAGCAAGUUAUCUCAAGCACUUAACUGUUGGAUUUUAAUCAAGAUCAAAGAAAGAAACUAAAAAGCCAGGAGAUAGCAGUUUGACUAACUCAAAGAGAAUCGGAGCAGCAACAGAGUAAACUCAAACAGUCAAACAAGAUUAUGACACUCCAAUGAGCACAAUAAAUAGUAAGAAUAGAAAAGGAAGUAUUAACCAAGCUAAUCAAAAUUAAAUGAUAAAUCCUCUUGAUAUUGAGCCUCAAGAUCCAGAGCUAGAAAAAGAAAACUGGAUAUGUGUUGUUGGAAAAUACGAUAAAGGUAAAAUCACUUGCACAGUACCAACGUUAACAGAAUUUAAUAAUGAUUCACUUAAUUUCAAUGUCGAUGUAUCACUAAAUGGACAGCAAUUCACUGGCUAACCUUCAUCAUUUAGAUUUUAUGAUGUGCAUGUCAGCAAAUUGGAGCCUAAUAACGAUGCAUUAAGUGGUGGAGCUCAUUGUAAACUAAUGGGUGAAGGUUUCUUUGACACUCUGAGCAAGAGGAUUAUGUUUAAGAGUAAAUACGGAGAAAGAUUAAUUGAUAUAAAUUGGGAUAAAAAGGAACGUUCCUUUACUUUCAUUGCACCUCCAAUCAACUGGUUGUUAGGUGGUUAAGAUCCAACUCCAGAGCUUAUCAAAGAAGUUUAAUCAAACAAAAUUGAUGUUGCUUUGACUCUAAACGGAGUUUAGUGGAUACAUGUUGCAGACUUUUAAUAUGCAGAAGCUUAAAUAACAAGAAUAGGCUCAGUUCCAGAAUGGGAAAAAACCUUAACGGAAUAAGAUAUACAAGCUAAAUGGAAUGCAAGAGAACCAAUCGUAGAUCCUUUAUAAGGAUUAUCAGAAGCUGAUUAAGUAAAGAAAAAAGAAGAAUUAAGAAAGUAAUUAGAAUUAGAAUUAUAUGAUUUGCAGUAUUUCUAUAAGAAGACUGGGUAAUAUUUGUAUAUUCAUGGUGAAGAUUUCAUAGAUUCUCCAGAUAUGAUCAUAUCAUUCGUAUUUAAUAAUGCAAGCAAAAUUGUAAAGGGAGUCUAUAAAAACUCUUCUAAAAUAGGAGUUAUUAUACCUGAACUCGAUUAAGUACCCUCAGGUAUUCAUGAUGUUACUAUUGAGAUUUCUUACAAUGGAUAAUGCUUUAGUAAUGCAUAAAAAUCCUUUAGAUAUUACAGCUUUAAAGAUAUCCCAUUAGAUCAAAGAGCUAAAAUAGAAGAUGCAGAAUUAAAAAAUUUAAAAAAGAAUGCUCCUAAACCUCCUAAAUGA